AUGAGGAGGAGCAGAGAGAAUGAGACACUUCGUCAAGCAACUCUUCCGAAUCCUCGCUACGCUACAAAAUACAGAGAACACGAGAUCGAUCAAAGUCUAUAUCCAUUAUCUGAAAUCUUUGAUUCCAAGAAGAUGAGAAACGAUUUCUCAGAGUUAAAGGCGUACCUUGAGAAGGAAUUACAAGGAAACACUCUCACUGCGUUUAGAGAGGACAAGGAGUUGAGCCGGGUCAUGAAAGUACCGGUUUAUCCUAUUGGGCCUAUUGUUAGAACUAAUGGGCAUGUUGAAAAGCCCAAUAGUAUAUUUGAGUGGCUAGAUAAGCAACAAGAAAAGUCAGUGGUUUAUGUGUGUUUAGGAAGUGGUGGAAAAUUAUCGUUUGAGCAAACGAUGGAACUUGCUUGGGGUUUAGAGUUAAGUGGUCAAAGGUUCCUAUGGGUUCUACGUAGGCCGGCUUCUUACCUCGGGGAAACCUCGAGCGAUGAUGAUGAUGAUCAGGUGAUUGCUAGUUUACCUAAAGGUUUCUUGGACCGCACAUGUGGUGUGGGGCUUGUUGUCACACAAUGGGCACCGCAAGUUGAGAUCUUGAGCCAUGAAUCGAUCGGUGGGUUCUUGUCUCAUUGUGGUUGGAGCUCGGUGUUGGAGAGUCUGACUAAAGGAAUUCCGAUAGUUGCAUGGCCUCUUUACGCAGAGCAAUGGAUGAAUGCCACAUUGCUAACAGAGGAGAUCGGUGUGGCCAUUCGUACGUUAGAGUUACCGUCGAAGAGAGUGAUAGGCAGAGAAGAAGUGGCGUUUUUAGUGAAUGAGAUUAUAGUGGAAGAGGAUGGACGUAAGAUUAGGGCUAAAGCUGAGAAGAUGAGGGUUAGCUCCGAACGAGCUUGGACUCUUGGUGGGUCAUCUCAUAGCUCUCUCCUCGAAUGGGCAAGACAAUGUCGUGUUUUACAUUAAUUCGAGGAAAAUGUAUAAUAUAAUGACCACAAUUUGUUUCUAAUAUCAAACGACUCUUUGAUACGUA